CACAUUGAGUCACAAGUUCCGGAGCUAGGAGCCCGCUAACGUGGUGAGAUGCAUGACGGCCGUGCAUGCAAAACGCAGGGCAUUCGUUUCAGAGGAAAGCUUUCUCUGCCGGGCACAAUGACCUACCGUACCAAGGUUUCUGCUGCCAGUGGGAGGGUGGAGGAGGGAUCUGUGAGUUCCUACUGUCGGGAAGAAAGAAAGCAGGCUCCUGUUGGAUCCGGGUUUGCAAGGGAGCACGUCAGCUUCGAGUGCCUGCUUAUCUGCAGCCUGCAUCUUGCAUCUCCCAUCACGUCAGCAGCUCGUCAUGGUGGCCGCAUCGCUCGCCGUGCCCCAGGCGGGGUGCUCUUGGCUUCUCUUGGGAGGCCAGAGGGUUUCACCGACGCGGACGUGGACUUGUCAGCAGUUCCUAGUUGUUCCUCCCUCCCCUCCUAGCAGACGAAGCCUGAAUGUGAAGAUGGCCCGCAUCUCUGACCGCAAAGAGAGCAAUGCCAGCAUCUCUUACGGCAAAGAAAGCAAUGGACGUCUGACGAAGGGGAUCCCAUACGCUGAGGCUGCGGAACGGAGGAGGAAGCUGAAUAAGCCUACGCCGUUCGAGGACCAGCUAUUGGACGCAACAAAUGAGUUUCUGAACGUGUUGGCUUAUCCGAUCGGGCUUGGAGUUUUAGCAGCCUCGCUGCCUGCCAUUUGGACUUACAGGCUGGUCUCGGACGCACUUUCGCAGCCAGCAGACAUGACGGACAAGGUGGUCCUGAUCACCGGAGCUAGCUCGGGCCUCGGGGAGGACAUGGCAUAUGAGUACGCCAGGCUUGGCGCCCGGUUGGCUCUCGUUGCGCGGAGAAAGGAGAAGCUCAAAGACGUCGCAGCAAAUGCCUGGGCUUUGGGUGCUCAUGACGUUCUGGUGGUGGAUGCCGAUCUCGGGAAUGAGGAUGGGUGCAAGGACGCACUUUCCAGGACCCUCGGCCACUACAGGAGAUUGGACACGCUUGUGAACAACGCUGGACUCUUCCCCAGCUUCUACUUUGAGUCAGCUGACUCGACGGCUGGAUUCGACUCUAUCAUGGACACCAACUUUUGGAGUUACGUGUACAUGACGUACCAUGCCCUCCCCCACCUGCGGGCCAGCCAGGGCAACAUCUACGUCACGGCAUCCGUCUCCUCCAUCGCCCCAGUGCCGAUGAACUCCUUCUAUAAUGCCUCCAAGUCUGCGGUGGCGAGCUUUUACCACACGCUGCGCAUUGAGCUCGGCCACGAGGUCCCUAUCACCAUCUUCUCUCCGGGCCUCGCCAAGUCCGAAAUGACGGACGGCAAGUUCGUUCAACCGGACGGCAGUGUUGCGGACUACGAAGAGGGAAUCAGACUGCGCAGGCAAAACGGGUUCGGUCUGGUGCCGCUCAUGCCAACGAGCGCAAUCGCAAAGGCGGCGGUUGACGCAACCCGCCGGAGGAAGCCGGACGUCAUCCAUCCCGUAUGGUACGGGCUCAUAGCCUAUUACCGUCUCUUGGCGCCAGAGCUGCUGGACCCCCUGCUGCGCACUGUCCUGCUCGGCGAUGACAACGCCCCGACCAAAAUUAUCCAAGAUGCGCUCGGGGGGGGCAUUGGCGAGCCCAACGAGGGGCAGCUGAGAGCGGGGGGGAUGCGUGCACCGGGUCGUAGGGAUUCGGUUGAAGCACCCCAAGGCAUGACGUCAAUGCUGACCAACGGAACGCCAGGGAGGAAGGUGGCCCGGGACCCUGUGAGGCUCGGAGAUAACCUCGACCACAUCGUGUACCUAGGUAUCAAGCACCUAACCAGGAGGCUUUGGUUUUUCUAGGGUUUCAAGCACCUAACCAGGAGGCUUUGGUUUUUCUAGGGGUCUGAUCGAAAGUCUGCAAACAUAUUUGUGUAAACCUAGUGUAUAUAACCAAGCGAAAUCCUCUUGGCUUCGUGGGCCACGGGAUAGGGCGACUAGGAAAUGAUGGGUUUGCUCACCUAAACAGGUACUCUUUAUUGCGGGAAUAACAGGCAGGGUGCGCAUUUCGACAGCCGCGUCGAGGAUUAGGCAAAGAUCAUUACCACGCUCUUGUACAAGCUGGCACGCCGACUCAAAGGG